GAUUUAAACUUCUUUCGGCCGCCGGAGGAGUUGGAAGAAGGGGGGUCAAAAGAGGGAGCUCUCCUUCUCUCGCGAGAUGGCUGUGAGCCGGCCUCUCCGGAAAAAAAGACGCCUGAACGGAUAGCCAGACUUCCCAAAUAGUGUGUUAAAGGACGGGGUCCCAAGCCAAUGAAAGGGAUGAGGAGGUGGGCUCGCUGCUUUCACAGCGCAAGAAGUACCGUUACAGGGCCUUCUUCUUGUCCAAUCAGCGCCUCCAGACUUUGGGUCAGGUGACCACAGAGUGCCAGGGGCGGAGCUACAGCCUGGCGCGAGAAACCGUUAAGAUAGACAACGAAUAUAACCAAUGAGAUACUCGGACUGAGACAUUGGGAGCCCAAUACCAGUGGUUGGGCGGACGCCUUCCUGGAGCGCGGGGAGAUGCAAAGACAGACAAAUACUUUUCCCAAUGAGAGCGUAGAACAGAGAGCGAAUUGACCAAUGAGGGCUGCGGGGCGGGAUCCUUUGCCGCGGCGGAGUCCAAGAUGGCGGCGUGCGGUUCCGCUGUGUGAAACGAGCGCGGGGCGGCGGGUUAAUCAGCUCCGCGGAGACGACCUCCGUCGACCCGCGACAAUGAAGGGAAAAGAGCGCUCGCCUGUCAAGGCCAAACGUUCCCGUGGUGGUGAGGACUCGACUUCUCGCGGGGAACGGAGCAAGAAGUUAGGGGGCUCUGGCAGCAAUGGGAGCAGCAGCGGAAAGACCGAUAGCGGCGGCGGGUCGCGGCGGAGCCUUCACCUGGACAAGUCCAGCAGCCGAGGUGGCAGCCGGGAGUAUGACACUGGCGGGGGCAGUUCCAGUAGCCGCUUGCAUAGUUACAGCUCCCCGAGCACCAAAAAUUCCUCGGGCGGGGGCGAGUCGCGCAGCAGCUCCCGGGGUGGAGGCGGGGAGUCACGUUCCUCUGGGGCCGCCUCCUCAGCUCCUGGCGGCGGGGACGGCGCGGAGUACAAGACCCUGAAGAUAAGCGAGCUGGGGUCCCAGCUGAGUGACGAAGCGGUGGAGGACGGACUGUUUCACGAGUUCAAACGCUUCGGUGAUGUAAGUGUCAAAAUCAGUCAUCUCUCGGGUUCAGGCAGCGGGGAUGAGCGGGUAGCCUUUGUGAACUUCCGGCGGCCAGAGGACGCGCGGGCGGCCAAGCACGCCAGAGGCCGCCUGGUGCUCUAUGACCGGCCCCUGAAGAUAGAAGCUGUGUAUGUGAGCCGGCGCCGCAGCCGCUCCCCCUUAGACAAAGAUUCUUAUCCUCCGUCCGCCAGCGUGGUCGGGGCCUCUGUAGGUGGUCACAGGCACCCCCCUGGAGGCGGUGGAGGCCAGAGAUCACUUUCCCCUGGUGGCGCUCCUUUGGGAUACAGAGACUACCGGCUGCAGCAGCUGGCUCUUGGCCGCCUGCCCCCUCCACCUCCGCCACCAUUGCCCCGAGAACUGGAGAGAGAACGAGACUACCCGUUCUAUGAGAGAGUGCGUCCACCAUACAGUCUUGAGCCCAGGGUGGGAGCUGGAGCGGGUGCUGCUCCUUUCAGAGAAGUGGAUGAGAUUUCACCCGAAGAUGAUCAGCGAGCUAACCGGACGCUUUUCUUGGGCAACUUGGACAUCACUGUAACAGAGAGUGACCUAAGAAGGGCUUUUGAUCGCUUUGGAGUCAUCACAGAAGUAGACAUCAAGAGGCCUUCUCGUGGCCAGACCAGUACUUAUGGCUUCCUCAAAUUUGAGAACCUAGAUAUGUCUCACCGGGCCAAACUAGCGAUGUCUGGCAAAAUUAUAAUUCGGAAUCCUAUAAAAAUUGGUUAUGGUAAAGCUACACCCACCACCCGCCUCUGGGUAGGUGGCCUGGGACAUUGGGUGCCUCUUGCUGCCUUGGCCCGAGAGUUUGACCGAUUUGGCACCAUACGCACCAUAGACUACCGAAAAGGUGAUAGUUGGGCAUAUAUCCAGUAUGAAAGUUUGGAUGCAGCUCAUGCUGCCUGGACCCAUAUGCGGGGCUUCCCACUUGGUGGCCCAGAUCGACGCCUUAGAGUUGACUUUGCAGACACUGAGCAUCGUUACCAGCAGCAAUAUCUGCAGCCUCUGCCUUUGACUCAUUAUGAGCUGGUGACAGAUGCGUUUGGACAUCGAGCACCUGACUCUUUGAGGGGUGCUCGGGAUAGGACACCACCCUUGUUAUACAGAGAUCGUGACAGGGACCUUUAUCCUGACUCUGAUUGGGUGCCACCCCCACCUCCAGUCCGAGAACGCAGCACUCGGACUGCAGCUACUGCUGUGCCUGCUUACGAGCCACUGGAUAGCCUGGAUCGCAGGCGGGAUGGCUGGUCCUUGGACCGGGACAGAGGUGACCGAGAUCUGCCCAGCAGCAGAGACCAGCCUAGGAAGCGAAGGCUGCCUGAGGAUAGUGGAGGCCGGCAUCUGGAUAGGUCUCCAGAGAGUGACCGUCCUCGAAAACGUCACUGUGCUCCUUCUCCUGAUCGCAGUCCAGAAUUGAGCAGUAGCCGGGAUCGUUACAAUAGUGACAAUGAUCGAUCUUCCCGUCUUCUCUUGGAAAGGCCCUCUCCAAUCAGAGACAGGCGAGGUAGUUUGGAGAAGAGCCAGGGUGACAAGCGAGACCGUAAAAACUCUGCAUCAGCCGAACGGGAUAGGAAGCACCGGACAGCUGCUCCCACAGAGGGAAAAAGCCCUCUGAAAAAAGAAGACCGCCCUGAUGGGAGUACACCUAGCACCAGCACUGCUUCCUCAAAGCUGAAAUCCCCAUCCCAGAAACAGGAUGGUGGGACAGCCCCUGCAGCAGCAGCCUCUCCCAAACUCUGUUUGGCCUGGCAGGGCAUGCUUCUCCUGAAGAACAGCAACUUUCCUUCAAACAUGCAUCUGUUGCAGGGCGACCUCCAAGUGGCUAGUAGUCUUCUUGUGGAGGGUUCAACUGGAGGCAAAGUGGCCCAGCUCAAGAUCACUCAGCGUCUCCGUUUGGAUCAGCCCAAGUUGGAUGAAGUAACUCGACGCAUCAAAGUGGCAGGGCCCAAUGGUUAUGCCAUUCUACUGGCUGUGCCUGGAAGUUCUGACAGCCGGUCCUCCUCUUCCUCGGCUACAUCAGACACUGCCACCUCUACUCAGAGGCCGCUUAGGAACCUUGUGUCCUAUUUAAAGCAAAAGCAGGCAGCCGGGGUGAUCAGCCUCCCUGUGGGGGGCAACAAAGACAAGGAAAAUACCGGGGUCCUUCAUGCCUUCCCACCCUGUGAGUUCUCCCAGCAGUUCCUGGAUUCCCCAGCCAAGGCACUGGCCAAAUCUGAAGAAGAUUACCUGGUCAUGAUCAUUGUCCGUGUGUUUGGUUUUGAGGUAGGAGUUAGGUAUGAGAGCAACGAGAUGAGGAGUGGAGCCGACCCUGUCCUAGUGGUUAUAGUGAUGUCCCUAAAGGGAGAAAAUGAUUUCAGCAAAGCUGGUGAACAGCGGAUGAAGAUAUGGAAUUCAAAGCUCUAAUGGACCUUUUUGAAGACAAGUUGUGGCUUAUGUGGAGUUUACAUGGGCCUCUGAUGGAAGAAAGCUAAUCUGUUUAGUAUUUGUGCAUUUUACUAAAAUGGCAGCUUAAAGUUGUGUAUCUGCUAUUGUGAUGCCAAUGCCGGUGUUUUAAGUGGAAAAAAAAAUGACCUCUUUGCUUUGUGCUGUGUACACAAGAUUUCUGGAAAAGUAAAGAAAAACCCUUUUUAUGGCUCACACAGCUUAAAAGUAGCUGUCACUCAAACGUGCGCUCACAGUUGAGCUGCUUUUGUUUUAUUCUAAAUAAAUUGUUUCUUUUGAGGAAAAUGUU